ACUUAAUCCAAACAUCAAAUACAUCAUAUUACUCAGCAAACCGACCCAUCAAAUUAUGGCAAACCCUAGACGAACCUCAACCCCCCCAAUCACCCCAGAACUCCCAAUCCAGUUCCAUCCAAGAACCCUAGAUUCAAGAUUUUCAAGACUCAAACUUUUCCUAAAAAAACCACAAGCAUUCCCAUUUCUGUUAUCAAUCUUCCUAAUCCUAACAUGGGUAUUCCUCAGAAUCCACCAACAAAGCCCCAAACUCACCAACCCAACAACCAACAAUCAAGAUCACGAAGCCAAUCUCAUCAGAUUCUCUUCAAGAUUCCCAUCACCCAUAACCAAAGACCCACGUGGCUGGAUCCUAGACCCUGUUUCAAUAGCAUUAGAUUCAGGAAUAUCAGGUGGUGCUUUAACUUGUGCAUCUAUUCAUGUGGGUGAGAUUAAACCGGGUGGGUUGAGGGGGAAUCAUAGGCAUUAUACUUGUAAUGAGACUUUCUUGAUUUGGGGGGCGAGAACUGUUUUUAGAGUGGAGAAUGAUGGGCUUGAAAAAGGGUAUGCUCAAGUGACACUUGAGGCUGAUGAUGUUGCGGUUGCGGUUAGCCCGAAGGGUACGGCUCAUGCUUUGAUUAAUGUUGAUUCGAGUAGGACUACGUAUAUUGUUGGGUGCCAGGAUAGAGUAAUUAGUUAUAAUAGCUCGAAUUCGGAUUUUAGAGUUUGGGAUGAUCUUAAUUCAUAGUGUAUUUUGUUGUUUGUUAUAGAUUUUAGGUUGUUUUUGUGAAUGUUAUGGUUAUUUUUGUGAGUUUUAGAGUUUAUUGGAAAUUUGGAACAUGAAUAUGGUAGAUUUA